CCCGGGCGGCGGCAACCAGCAGCCCUUCCCGGCCGCUCCGCGACCCCCGGCCGGCUCGGGAGAGCCCAUGGUGCCGGCCACCGCGACCUGCAGCCGCCGCCGCGCCAGCCCGCCCGGCGCGGAGCUCAGUCCGGCGCGGAGCAGAGGAAGGGCCGAUUAGCAGCCGCGGAGGAGGCGGGGUGGAGGGGGGAUGCCGGCGGGACACAAAGCCGGCGGGGGAAGCAGCCCACGGCUCGUCCCGGGAUGGGGGCGCCGCGCCGGGUCCGCCUGAUGGUGCUGCCGCGGGUGCUGUGGGGCUCCGUCCCCCUCUUCCUCCUGCUGCUGCCGGCGGCCGAGCCCAUCUGCCCCGAGCCGUGCGACUGCCAGCAGCACCAGCACCUCCUCUGCACCAACCGGGGCCUGCGCUCCGUGCCCAAGGCUGCCGAGCCCCAGGAUAUCCUCACCUACAGCCUCGGGGGCAACUUCAUCGCCAACAUCUCCGCCUUCGACUUCCACCGCCUGGCAGGGCUCCAGCGCCUGGACCUGCAGUACAACCGCAUCCGCUCGCUGCAUCCCAAGGCCUUCGAGCGCCUGGGGCGGCUGGAGGAGCUCUACCUGGGCAACAACCUGCUGCCGGCGCUGGUCCCCGGCACCCUCAGCGCCCUGGCCAAGCUGCGCAUCCUCUAUGUGAACGCCAACGAGAUCGGCCGCCUCAGCGCCGCCUCCUUCUCCGGCCUCAGCAGCCUCGUCAAGCUGCGCCUGGAUGGCAAUGAACUGGGCUCGCUGGGCGACUCCACUUUCUCAGGGCUGCCGAACUUACUCUACCUGCAUCUGGAGUCCAACCGCAUCCGCUGGCUGAGCCGUGGUGCCUUCACCGGCCUGGCUAAGCUGCGCUUCCUCGACCUCUCAGGGAACCAGCAGAACACCCUUCGCCACCCGGACAUCUUCGGGCCACUGCGCUCCCUUCACACCCUGCUGCUGGCCAGCAACAGCCUGCAGCAGCUGACAGGGGGGCUCUUCCAGCACCUGCCCGGCUUGGUGAAGCUCUCGCUCAGUGGAAACCGCUUGGCUCACCUGGCCCCAGAUGCCUUCACCGGGCUGGGCUCACUGAAGGAGUUGCGCCUGGAGGGCAACCUGCUGAGCCACCUGCCCCCUGCCCUCCUGGAGCCGCUCAGCAGCCUGGAGGCACUGGAUCUGAGCCGCAACGCCCUGACCGCCCUACACCCCGCCACCUUUGGCCACCUCGGCCACUUGCGGGAGCUCAGCCUGCGGGACAACGCGCUGGCCACCCUCCCUGGCGAGCUCUUUGCCUCCAGCCCCGCUCUCUACCGCCUGGAGCUGGAGGGGAACGCCUGGAGCUGCGACUGCCGCCUGCGCGGCCUCAAGCAGUGGCUGGGGGCCUGGCACUCCCAGGGCCGCCUGCUCACCGUCUUCGUGCAGUGCCGCCUGCCGCCCGCCCUGGCCGGCAAGUACCUCGACUACCUGCAGGAUGCCCAGCUCCCGCCGCCGCAAGACGGCGGCCCCUGCCACGACGGUGCCUCUCCCUCCUCCUCCUCCUCCCCCCCGCCAGCAGCGGAGGAGCAGCGCCGGCCGCCGCCGGCCGCCGAGGGACUCGGCACCCGCGGCCCCGACCAGCAGCUCCUCACCCUGGUGCUGCUGGCGGUGAACGCCCUGCUGCUCUUCGCGGCCCUGGCCGCCUGGGCCUCCCGCCUGCUGCGGAAGAAGGUGCUGGGGCGGCGGCGGCGGAAAGCGGCCCCCGUCCACGUCCGGCAGCUCUAUUCGACGCGCCGGCCCCUCCGCUCCAUGGGCACCGGCGUCUCCGCCGACUUCUCGGGCUUCCAGUCCCACCGCCCGCCCCGCGGCGCCGCCGCCUGCGCCCUCAGCGAAGCCGACCUCAUCGAGUUCCCCUGCGAGCGCUUCAUGGACAGCGGCGGCGGCAGCGCCCGCCACGGCGACGACCACCUGCUGCAGCUUAUAAAACGUCAGGAUUAUGGCAACUGGGUCAUCACAGCAGAGCUGCUGAAACUGAUGUAA